GGGCCAGUCAAGCCCCACGUGCUGCUUGUUUCCAUGCUUUUCGCGCAGCCUCAUUUAUUGCACCAACCGAGCCCAGUAACGUUGAGGCCGAAAGGCGAGGGUGUGUGAUCGCGCCGCGGAGCUCUGUGACACCGACACCCACCCAGCAUGCUGCUGGAGCCGAGCAGAGGAGCCUCCUUUGUUUGCGUUUAACUGGCGCGGAGAGGGAGGUGAGAGAUGCGAACCCCGCUGCUCUGUUUCUCUUCACUGUCAACAACACUCCCGCCGCAGCUCCGCGCACGCCUCUUUUCAGUUCAUUUAACGGCGCUGCACCGAGAGGAAAUCACUAGGACUAUGUGAGCAUCAUGCUCCCUGUGAGAUGCCUGCUGUUCGCUGCAGUGUGUGCACGGUGCGCCGUGACAGGCCUGGGCGCUGAUCCGCCUCUUGUGUCCUCUGCAGGUCUGAGGGAAUGGGUGAGUUUGGAGGGAAGGCUGCCUCCUGCAGAGGAGGUCGUUCAGCCCAAGAGGCUGCUGCAACAGAUCCACUCCCAGGAGGAGCUGCUCCACAGCCACCUGGACACCCGGGUCAAGAGCAACGCAGCGGGGGUGCAGCCUGUUCAUCUGGCCCAGAGCAGCUUCCUGGUGGAGGCCUAUGGCACAUCCUUCAUCCUUGACCUGGAACUCAACCACAACCUUCUGUCUACAGACUAUGUGGAGCGUCACUAUGACGAGAACGGGCAGCUGUUGCAGAAUAUGGGAGGAGAGCACUGCUACUAUCAUGGGGGUGUGCGGGGGCUGCCGGGCUCCUGGGCUGCUCUGUCCACCUGUCACGGCCUGCACGGGAUGUUUUCUGAUGGGAACUUCUCCUAUGGGAUUGAACCUGUUGGCAGCGGUGAGGAGCAGAAUGACCACAUUGUGUAUCGCAUGCCGGACAUCGACCUCUUUCCGCCUCCCUGUCCAGGAUGCACCGUGAACAGCACAGAGCCCGAGGGGCAGACAGACGUCCACAGUGGUGGAGACGGCGAGCUGAAGGAUGGAGACGACUGGUCUGACCAGGAGAAGACCGUCUUUACAGAAGGCCUGAGGCGCUCAAAAAGACAAGUGCGGCGAGGCCAGCGCACCGUCCAGACUGAGACCAAGUACAUCGAGCUGAUGGUGGUAAACGACCACGAACUGUUCGUGCAGCUCCGUCGGUCGGCCACUCAGACUAAGAACUUUGCCAAAGCGGUGGUUAACAUGGCCGAUGCGAUCUACAAGGAGCAGCUCAACACUCGCAUCGUCUUGGUGGCCAUGGAAACCUGGUCUGCUGAAAACAGGGUCUCCGUGGGCGAUGACGCCUUGCUCACCCUGCGCGACUUCAUGAAGUACAGGAAGGAGAGCAUCAAGGAACGCUGCGACGCUGCUCACCUCUUCUCUGGGAGGACGUUCAUGAGCAGCCGCAGCGAGGCAGCCUACAUUGGGGGCAUCUGCUCACUCACCAGGGGUGGAGGCAUCAAUGAGUUUGGCAGUGUGGGCCCCAUGGCCAUCACGUUGUGUCAGAGUCUUGGCCAGAACAUUGGCAUGCUGAGGAACAAAGAGCGACCGGCUGCAGAAGACUGCAGGUGUCCAGACCCAUGGCUGGGCUGUAUCAUGGAGGAUACUGGUUACUACCUGCCCAGGAAGUUCUCUCGCUGCAGUAUAGAUGAGUACCUGCGCUUCCUCCAACAGGGAGGAGGCAGCUGUCUCUUCAACAAGCCCACCAAGUUGUUGGACCCACCAGAGUGUGGGAAUGGAUUUGUGGAGCUGGGAGAGGAAUGUGACUGUGGGUCACUAGUGGAGUGUGCACGGAGUGGAGCCAACUGCUGUAAGAAGUGUACUCUUACCCACAAUGCCAUGUGCAGCAACGGGCUCUGCUGCAGGGACUGCAAGUACGAACUGAGAGGGGCAACGUGCCGCGACGCUGUUAACGACUGUGACAUUCCUGAGACCUGCACAGGAGACUCCAGCCAGUGUCCUCAUAAUGUCCACAAACUGGAUGGCUACAUGUGUGAUGCUGGACAGGGCCGUUGUUAUGGAGGUCGGUGUAAGACCAGAGAUGGCCAGUGCAGGACUCUGUGGGGCUACAACUCAGCUGACAGGUUUUGCUAUGAAAAGCUGAACUCUGAGGGCACAGAGAAAGGAAACUGUGGCCCGGACUCCAGUGGUCAGGGAUGGGUGCAGUGCAACAAGCAGGACGUUCUGUGUGGUUUGCUUCUGUGCACCAAUCUGACAGCUAGGCCGAGUUUUGGCGAACUACAGGGGAAGCUCACCAGUCUGACAAUCCACCAUCAGAACAGAUACAUGGACUGCAGGGGUGGCCAUGCAGUGCUGGAUGACGGCUUGGAUCUGGGCUACGUGGAGGAUGGGACGCCAUGUGGUCCAAACAUGAUGUGUUUGGAGCGUCGGUGCCUCCCUGUCACCACAUUCAACCUCAGCACCUGCCCGGGCUCCUCGUCCUCACGAAUCUGCUCCCACCACGGAACUUGCAGUAACGAGGUGAAGUGUAUCUGCGAUCCAGACUACACUGGGACAGACUGUAGUGUGUUUGACCCCAUUCCCAUCCCCACCCCGCCAGAGGGCCCAGAGAAACACAGAGGUCCCAGUGGUACCAAUAUCAUAAUAGGUUCGGUUGCUGGUGCAAUUCUGGUGGCAGCGAUAGUCCUGGGGGGGACUGGCUGGGGAUUUAAAAACAUCCGAAGAGGAAGGUACGAUCCCACCUUUCAGUCCUGAUCCCAACACCAAAACAUUAUCAGAGUCUUGAAUCAGCCGUUCGUUAUGUCAACAUAAUGCCAUGUGUUUUAUAAGAAUCCUCUCUGAGCACCUAUCAUCAUAUCUCUAAGCUCACACACACAUAUCAGUCAGCUGCUUCUACGGCCUUAUUUUUCAUCUUUCACACAUUUUGUAUCUUGUAUUUAUUUGUAUAGGCACAAGUAUAUAGCAUGAACCAAUGCCACAUACCGCAGCAUUUAUAUAGCUUAUGCUAGUUUGCAAUUCCUUUCCAUAGAUGGGCCUUUUAAAAUACACAAAAUGUCAUUCAACGCAAUUAUAAUUGUAUUUCUAUGGACAGUAUUAGGAAACAUAAAUGUCUAUAAUCUGUAAUCCUAGUUUGCUUCAUUAUUAUUUGUACUGUAUGUCCCCUCACAAACUUGGCUGCCAUUUCUAAAAUCUGCAGUAUCGACUUUGUAAUGUUCAUUUCGUAAGACUUUAAAUAAUAAAAGGUGAAGCCUU